AUGACAACCUACUGUCAACAACUUUUGCCAAGAAAAUCAUCGACAAACACAAAACAAAUCAAAAAACAUGAUAGUGACAAGUUGAAAACACCUUUUACUGUGGCAACGUGGAAGGCUAGAACGUUGUACCAGACUGGAAAAUUUGAAAACGUAAAACAAGAAAUAAAAAGAAUGAAUCUCAGCAUUCUAGGUUUGAGCGAAACUCAGUGGAAGAAAUCAGGUGUCAUUACCUUUGAAAAAGGCAAAUUUAUCUACUCUGGAGUUUGGCUGACGGCCGUUUCGGCUAAUGCCAUCGUCGGAGCCUAG